CAUUCUAUUUAACUGCCAUACCCCUCUCUCUCUCUCUCUCUCUCUCUAAAAUGAGCAUCUCACACUGGUUAACAAGAAUAGGUGGUGGUAACUUAAUCAAGAAAAUCAUAUGUAGCAGUCUAACAUUGAGCCAUUAUCAAGCAACUGCUUCUUCUUCAUUUCCCUUUCUUAUUAGAAGAAAUGAACAUAAGGCGAUUUUCGCAUUCUGCAGCUCAACAAAUGUUGCUUUCUUUGGGGCUCGCCGUUACAACUCUACGAAAACUGAGGGACAGCUCUUAUCUGAAUCAGAUGAUGAGGAUGGUUCUACUUUAGAAGAGAAGCAGGGAUUCGAUUUUCCAGGUGGCAAGAUUGCGUAUACAACUAAGCUGAACUUUCUUCCUGCUUCAUCUGAGAAGAGGGUGCAAUGUUAUCGAGUACUUGAUGAGGACGGUUACACGAUCUUAUCUAACAUGUCCGAACUAGUGAGUAAAGAGCUUGCAUUGAAAGUGUAUAGUGGCAUGGUUACCCUUAAUACUAUGGAUAAAUUCUUAUAUGAAGCACAAAGGCAAGGAAGAUUAUCAUUCUAUUUAACCACCUAUGGUGAGGAAGCUAUCAACUUAGGAUCAGCUGCGGCACUUAGCUCAGACGAUAUAGUGUUGGGGCAGUAUAGAGAGGCAGGCAUUUUGUUAUGGCGUGGUUUCACGGUGCAAGACUUUGCAAACCAAUGCUUUGGAAACAACGAUGGCCAUGGAAAAGGCAGGCAAAUGCCAGUUCAUUAUGGAUCAAAGAGCCUCAAUUUUGUUACAAUCUCAUCGCCUUUAACCACACAACUUCCACAAGCAGUUGGUAUGGCGUAUUCCCUAAAAAUGGAUAAAAAGGAUUCUUGUGUAGUGGCCUUUUUCGGAGAUGGUAGUGCAAGUGAGGGUGAUUUUCAUGCUGGAUUGAAUUUUGCUGCGGUUAUGGAUGCCCCGGUUGUGUUCAUAUGUCGCAACAAUGGAUGGGCUAUUAGUACUCCUGUCACCCAACAAUUUCGAAGUGAUGGGAUUGUUGUAAAAGGCCAAGCCUAUGGAAUUCCAAGUAUAAGAGUAGAUGGCAACGAUGCUCUUGCGGUUUACGAUGUUGUUCGUAGUGCUCGUGAGAUGGCCAUCAAUGAACAACGACCAAUCCUUAUCGAGGCGAUGACAUAUAGAGUAAGUCACCACUCAACAUCCGACGAUUCCACAAAGUAUCGGUCUGUCGAAGAAAUCGAGCACUGGAAAACGCUCCAUUCUCCUAUAACGAGAUUAAGAAAAUGGAUUGGGCGAAACGGUUGGUGGAGUAAUAAAGAUGAAUCAAAGCUUCAUGGUGAGGCGACCACACAGGUUAAAGUUGCGAUUGAUGAAGCUGAAAAGAAAAAAAUGCCACCACUUAGAGACAUGUUCACAGAUGUAUAUGAUGAGUUACCUUUAAAUCUAAUGGAGCAAGAAACAAUGCUUAGAGAAACAAUACAAAAGCAUCCAAAGGACUUUCCUAACAACAUGCCACUAUGAAAUCUUUUUUAGGUUAAUUUAUUUGCUAUAUGUAACAGAAAAUGUACGAGCUUGAUUCAAUGUUAUCCUUUUAAUCUAUAGCACAUAAGCAUAUUAAUCAUCAA